AUGGGAGGCUGUUGGUGGCCAUUUAUGAACGUAAUGUUAUCCAACUGGUGUCCGCCAACAGAACUUUCUUACAUGUACUCUGUUAUAAAUACGGGCUUACCAGGUGGCAUUAUUUUGGGUACAGUCAUUCCAGGAAUGAUUUAUAAAAAUUCCAGUUCAGAUUUUCAGCAUAGUUUCUUUGCUAUAAUGGUACUUUGUUUAUUAUGGAGUGUUUAUUGGCUAUAUGGGUUUUAUAGUAGUCCAUGGGACGAUCCUAGAGUCAAUGAAGAAGAACUUGAUUAUUUAAGUACAAAUUUCAAACCCAAAUUAAAGUUACCAGUACCAUGGUGGUAUAUAAUUACUUCUUUGCCAGUUUGGUCAAUGUUAUUGGCUAAUUACGGUUCAACGGUGUUUUAUACAGUUCUGAUUUAUUACAUGCCAAUUUACGUAAAGUCUGUUUUAGGAUUUUUAGUUGCAGAAAAUGGUCUGAUUUCAGCUGUUCCUCCUAUUGGACAAAUUUUAGUUAUGUUUACAACAGGAUAUCUCUCCACGUAUAUUCAAAUAAAAAAAUUGUUCAGUGUCACAAACAUAAGAAAAAUAUUCACAUUCAUAGGAACUAUAAUACCAGCGUGUAUAUUAUUAGCUGCACCAUUAGUUAAACAAAACCACACGUUCUAUGCUAUGAUGGUGUUGGCAUAUGCUGCUUCGGGUGCAGUGUUUUCAGGAUUUCGAGUGACCCAAAUUGAAAUGUCGCCAAAUUUUGUAGCUGCAAUUACAUCAAUGGGAGAUUUAAUUGGGAGUGCUGGAAUGAACUCUGCACAUUUCGCUCUUAUGAUGUUUAUUGAAAACGAUGGUGAUCAAGCCACUUGGAACUACAUCAGUUUGAUUUUAUCAGUCUUACUUUUUCUAUGUUGCGGUCAGUUUCUAUUUUUAAGUAGCAGUGAAGUACAAAGUUGGAAUGCUAUUGAUUAA